UUUCCACGCUUUCGGUUCGGUUGUUUUCUUUACUUGCAUAGAUGAAAAUUAUCCGAUAUUCAUCGUUCUGUAGGUUUUGCUCGAGGAUGGUCUGAGGAAACGGGAUCGAUCAAUUUGUUAUGGCAGAAAACGUCAAAGUCAUAGUAAGAUGUCGUCCUAUGAACAGAAGAGAAAUCGACCUCAAUUGCAAGUGUGUUGUGAAGAUACGAAACUGUGUCGUAGAAACGUGGGAUCCAAACGAAGGUCCGUCCUUUCCCAAGCAAUUCACAUUCGACUCCACCUACGAUCAAGAUUCAAACACAGAAGUUAUUUAUAACGAUAUUUGUUAUCCUCUUACCGAAAGUGUAUUGGAAGGAUACAAUGCCACAAUCUUCGUUUAUGGCCAAACUGGAUGCGGAAAAUCCUUUACGAUGGAAGGGAUCAAGUCGGACGACGGAUCACAGAAAGGAAUUAUUUCCAGAGCUUUCGAACAUAUUUUCGAGGCCAUUUCAGUCACGAGUGGGGUUAAAUAUUUAGCUUUAGUGAGCUAUCUAGAAAUCUACAAUGAACAAAUAAGAGACUUACUGUUGCCAAAUGAUAAAUUAACCAGCACUCCCCUAACUUUGAAGGAAUCUCCCAAUGAAGGUGUUACGGUUCCAGGGUUGACAUCUCAUGCGGUACACAACGCAGGAGAAUGUGAACAGUUUCUGAGUAUUGGAUCUAAAAACAGGGUUAUUGGAGCAACUCUGAUGAACCAAAGUAGUUCAAGAUCUCACAGUAUCUUCACCAUCAGCAUAGAACAAAUAAAUACUACAAACAAUAAUGAAAGUAUAAGAAAAGGCAAACUUAAUUUAGUGGACUUGGCUGGUUCGGAAAGACAAACAAAAACCGGCGCAACAGGCGAAAGACUGAAAGAAGCGACGAAAAUCAAUUUGUCGCUCAGUGCUCUGGGUAAUGUGAUUUCAGCUUUAGUCGACGGAAAGGCAACUCACAUUCCUUAUAGGGAUUCCAAACUCACUAGAUUAUUACAGGAUUCUUUGGGUGGUAACACUAGGACACUAAUGAUAGCAUGCAUUAGCCCUUCACACAGGGAUUAUAUGGAAACAUUAUCUACUUUGCGGUAUGCGAAUAGAGCAAAAAACAUCCAUAAUAAACCUAGAGUCAAUGAAGAUCCAAAGGACACAAUGCUCCGGCAAUACCAAGAAGAAAUAGAAAGACUGAAAACAUUAUUGGAAAAUAGGCAACCAGACGGUUUAAGAAUAGAAGAUCUCACGAUUCCCGAAGAAGAGCUAAAUAUCAAUAAACCGUCGAAUUACAGUGACCUCGACGCCAAAAGAGAUAAAUUGUUGAGGGAGUAUCAGGAAGAAAUGAAAAAACUUAAACAUCUUCAUGAAAACGAGAAGAACGAGAAGGAAAAUGUUUUAAGGCAAAUACAAACAAUCAAAGAGGAGUACGAUAGAAACAUUCGAAAAUUAAAUGAAGAAAUCAGUGAAAAACAAAAAAAGGAGUUGUGCUCGGAGGAGGAAAUUCUCAACAGAAUUGAAGCCCUGAAAGCCGCUAUGAUUGGAGGAGAAAAGGCAAAUGAUCAAGAAUUGUCGGAAAGGAGGAAGAAGAAAAAAAUUGCAGCAGAAAAACGAGCAAGCGUUAUAGCUCGAUUAUUAGCAAAAAUCGAUAUGAAUGAAGACAGAGAACUCCUCCAUAAUCAAUACAAAGACAUAAGUCAUGAACUCAACUUGAAAACAGAAGCUUUACGAAAAUAUAGGCACAAAGUAAAAACGUUAGAAAAAGAAAUAUCAGACAUCCAGAGUGAAUUUGAAACUGAACGACAAGACUACUUAGAAUCGAUCAGGAAACAAGAGAAAAAUAUAAAAUUGUUGUCUCAAAUUUGUGAUAAACUCGCUGGAACACUGAAGAAGGAAUGUAAUUAUAGUGAUUUGGAAUCCAUAAGGGAACAGGCGGUAUGGUUGGAUGAUUCUCAAAAAUAUAAACUUCCGGAACUUGUCACAACAAGAACAAAAUUACCGCCACCAGGACGGGGUUACGAUAUACAGACUGCGCCAGCCCGUUUGCAAUACGAAGGAGACAUAGUAGAAGAUGCAAAUUUCAAUAAAGAUUCUUUGAAAAAGAAAUUUGACCAAAAUGAGAAGGAAAACAUCAUUGCAAGUUACUUUCAACCCACAUCAAAAAGAGCUAAUGAACUACUUAAUCAAUCCUCAAGAUUGGAUGCAAAUAAAGUUAUCAAUACUUGGAGAGGCCAAACUGGUCGGAACAUUAUUUCAGAUUUUGCAAAGAGAAAUAGAUCCUCUGAAAACUCCAGUAGAAAUGGUUCACCACCAAAGGAACAUUUCAUUGGAUUGGGUAGUAGCAGUGUAAGCAGUAGCGGUUUUAAUAGUUCAUGGUCACACGGGAUACCUUCAAAUCAUAACGAUCUAUUUACCAAGAAGCCACUUCGACUUGAAGCGUUGCCAAAUAUCAUCAAAAAUCGCAGAGACAAAUAUAAUACAAUGGAGUUUUUAUGAAGAUGUACAGAUCUAUAUUUUUUGUGAUAAAAACUAUUUAUUGUUGAAACUUAAGAUGUAUAUGAAUGAGUUAAACAUGAGGAGGUUAUAUGGAAAUAUAAUGCUGAACAUCCCUUUUGCCUCUCCAUGCAAGUGUCUAUAAUUCAGAGGAGUCUCUUCAUCAUUAGCAUGUUUGAAAUGUACUGCAACUUGUAUAAAAUAAAAACUCCUAAAAUUCAUGGUUCUACUGAUUAACACAAUUUUGUCAAUCUGUUGAGAAAUAGGAAGAUAGAAAAUUUUUUCAGAGUGCAAUGAUAAUUUUUUGUCACGUUUGUUCAUGUUAUUUUUU